UUUUUUCGAUUUCUCGUCGUCGUCACCGUCGCCGUGAUCGCGUUCCGAAUCCUCCUGCAGUGAAUCCUGUUUUCCGCCGGAAAAAUCCUCCAGACACCCGUAAAUUGAUCGUCAAAAUGUUCUCCGCGCGGCCGAGCAAGUUUUCUGCCGGUUUAGUGUGCCGUUUGUCGUAUUUUGGGUGGUGAAAAGUGCGUUUGUAAAUUGGUAAAGUUUCCCUUCGGGGAAGUUGGAAGUGCAUACCGGAGCAAAAGCAACAAAAAAAUAGGUGGAGGGAGAGAGAGUUUCCGGAGUUUCCAUUUCACACACAACACAACACAACAUAAAUUCAACAUAACAGCGCGAGUGUAGAAAAAUUCAACGAUUGUGUUUUUAAUGCCCCGCAACCGCGUCUCGCCAGCGCCGAGGGGAAGAAGGUGCAUAGAAGAAAACACGAAAAAAAAACAGUGUUUGUGGUGUGCCCCCGGGAAGGAGGCUCGAUCCGACGAGAUCUCAGAUCAGAAUUCCGCGCUAGGGCAAGUGGUUUUGUGUGUUAGUGCCACCGUGGUAAUAUACCUAGUGCUCGCGGAUUAAAAAGCAGUGCAAUCCAGCGAUGAGACAGUGUGAUUUUUGUUCGUUUGUGAAUUCCCGGAUCCGUCUUCCGCGCAUAUCGACACUAGAGAGUGUCGCCUAUACAAGCUUCAGUGGUAGUGAAUCAUCACGCGGAUGUAUCUCGUAAAACAAAGUGACUCUGACUAAAGACUAAUCGUCGUGGUCGAGGUGAAGAGAGCAAAGGUAGAACAAAAGUGCUCCACCAAGUGAAAUCUAAGCCCCAAAUGUUAUCCACCGCGGCAGUUCCGAUGAGUACCUCUUCGGCCAACGUUGUCGCAGCUUCCGUUGCCCUGGAGCAGCUAUCACUGUUCGCAUACGCCGUCCACGAUUCAAACAAACUACAAUUGAGGGGAAAGUGAGCUCCCCAACCAAAGUGCGGGUACAGAAAAUUGGCGGAAAUCUCAACGCAAAGUGCCAAAUUGUGUGUUAGUAAAACCCCAAAGCCAGAGGAGGGAUGCUGCAGCUGGCGGAAUUGGCUGUGAGCAGUUUUUGGAUGUACUGCGCCCUGUCGGUGGUGGUGAUGGUAACUCUGGUCACGACCCUGGCCUCAUGCCUCUGCUGCCGGAAGCAGGAGAUCAAAAAUGACCUGCUCGGCUUGGAAGGCAUGGUAAAGCUAACGAACCCGGAGGACACCCUCACCAGUCAGGGAACCACGGUGGACACUGGCGGCGCUGGAACCGGCUCCGGUACCGACCAGCCCGAUCGCAGCGAACCGGAAAGCAUUAGUAAAAGGGCUUCCAAUGCACCGCACCGAAGUUUGCCGGACAUUCCGAUAGUGGAACCAGUCGGCGAUAAUAACUCCGAAUUGUAUGCGACCGUUGGCGAUAAGGUUCAGGAUCUGCCCCAGGGAAGGAGUCCAACUUCAAGUCUGAAGAAGCAAGCCAGCGUUUCACAACACAGCUCCAUCAGUCAAGCGGACGACAUCAGUUCACCAUAUGCGAGGGUUCGGUCACCUCCGCAUGCUUACGAUAAGCUCCGACGAACCGAGCAUCCAUACGCCCAGGUAGUUCAGCCGGGAACAAGUGGUUCAACGGCACAGGUCGCUGUCACCGUUGACGACGAGCUGUUAAGUCCUAUCUCGCGACGAGGUCUUUCGAACACUGUUGCUGGAGGCGCCGGAGGAGACUCCAAUCAAAGCUUGCUGGACGAGCGAGAGGCUUCCACAGUGGACAUUCCCGCGGCAUCGGCUAUAGCUGGGCGAGUAUCUGCAAGCCAAGACUUGCCGUAUAUGACUCCUCCGAUUGUUCAACCGCCGCAGCAACACUUCAGCGGUGACUCACAGGAUUCCUCAAAGGGUUAUACCAGUAUUAGCGUCCGAGAGCCGCUGGCGAAUCUCUUACCUCAAUCUCAAAAUCAAACCACCGCCCAGAGGCGCCAGAUAUUGGGUGACUCCCACUACGCCACAGUUUCGGACGAUUCCGACGAAAUGUACGCAGCAAUUGACGACCCCAACAACCAGGGCGAUCUCUACACCAGCGGUUCGGAGACCUACGCUCAGAUCCAGCCGCCCAACAUGGUGACCGUUUCGGUGGAGAUCAAUACGGGAGCGUCUAGUCGGCCCUCGGCCGGCAUGCCCCAGGAAGACUCGCUGGACGCGUUCCAGCCACUUCCGCCAAACUCCUUAGCAAGUGCAAUAUCCACCGCCCACCACAACCGUCUCAGUAGCAAUAGUGGAACGAUGGACGAAUCCUCCGGCCAGCCUCCUCCGCCGCCGAUCGACAGUCUCCGUGCCCACCAGGCACACCCUUCCUACGCACACUCGCGGCAAGCCAGCAGUUCCAGCUGCACCAGCUCCGUGGGCAACCUGGGCUCACCGAAGCCGGAGAAACGCCAGGCCAACUCGCCCCUCCCGCCGACACCAAAGAACCUCAAGCACCAGUCGACCAACAGCUUCUUCAGCAACUCGAACCUCACCUCGAUCAGCUCGAACACGUCCACGCUGACGGGGCAGUCCGGGCGGAACUCGGUCGCGUCGGUGAUCGAGUACAAAACCUCGCGGGAGAACGUUUCCGGCGUCAAGGACGACGGCACGCAGCAACCUAACGGGUCGGCCAUCAAGCCGAAGAAGAGCCCCUCGAAGGACCUGGAGGGAAUGUACGCCAAGGUCAUGAAAAAGAACAAGCUCUCGAAAGCACCCUCGCAAAACUCGAGUCCCGUACCGUUGCGGAAGGACGGUGCCACCGCCAUGCUUGCGGAUGCCGAACAGUUCCUAUCGGAUCCGGAGCUGGUCCAUAUGAACGGAGGCAGUGGAUCCGUGCAUGGAUCGCCGAGCAAAAAACCUCUUCCAGCGAUCAGUUCCGGCGGGAACGAUUACGAAACGCUGGACAAGAAACACACCCGCCAACACAAACAGCAGCAGGAUCCGGGCUACGAAACGAUUCCCGGGGAUAGUGUUAACGGUAAGGCUGAGCUUCGAAAGUCGGCAGACUACGCACAAAUUCAGAAACGGAGUGGUAACUUAGCGGUGGCACAGGGCAUCCAAAGCGUUUCGAGAAAUUCCUUGGAAAUUUUCCACGGUCUUGACAAAUCCGCGGAUGGGGAACCGGGGUAUGAGAGUCUUCCUGGCAGCAAUGACCCGGGUUAUGAGACGUUGCACAGAAAGGGGGCGGAGUCGGACUCCGAUCCCAAUUACGAAAUUUUAAGGCCUGCCAGGGACAACGAUGGGUACAGUAGCAUAAGAGAUAAGCGGACAGCCAAAAAUCGGUUAGACUUUGGCAAGGAUGACGAUACCGACAGUACUCCAGGGUACAGCAGUAUAAAGGAAAAGAUCGAUUACGAUCCGGGUUACAGUGUGAUAUCGGAAAAGAAAAGCACCGCAGUUGUACACGACUACGCCAGCAUCACGGAGGAGACCAAGCGAAAAAAGCAGAGCCUCAACAACAAUAACCUGGACCCGGGUGAAGAAUCGGACAUCUACUCUAGCAUCACCAGUGCCCCCCUCGCAGUCAACUCGUCGUCGAUCGGUCCCGGGUCCGUUCCGAACUACUCAACGAUCCCCGAGCCUCCGAACCUGACCUCGUCGCCCGGUUAUUCGAGCAUCUCGGAGACCCGUACUACUCCUUCCACCGAUAGCACUAGCUCACCGGAUAACCUGAUAGGGUACAGCAAACAGCACAACACCGCUACCAACAACAGCAACAGUCGACUAUCUUCCAACUACGAAUCUCUCACCGGCAGCGAAUCGGACCCGAACUACGAAUCCGUCAAGUACCUCAACGUGAAGGAGAACCCGUACGAGCGACUACACAACGAACCGUCCUCGGGUCAGACGCCUUCGACGGCCGGUCCCUCGUCGAAUGCUUCCCUCUCGAAAUCCGGCACGGCGGGUUCGGCUACGCCGGGUGCCAACGAAGAUACGGGGUCGUCGGUGACCCCUCCGGCUGAUGCCGGCGCAGCGAACACUCCGUCGGUUUGCGAACUGGAAUCCACCGGCGUCAGCGACUACUUCCAAGUCUGAUUUUCUCGACCCGCCGCCGUUGUUGUAAUCAUCGUUGGUCACCGUGUGAACGAGCGUGCGUAAGUACUAUAUUGCUUUUUGUACGUGCAUUUCCUCCCGUGCAUUUGGGAAUGCCUUUAUAUUUUCCUGAUGUCGCAGACUCCCACAAAAAAAAGUAUAUUUAUAUUAUUGAUUAUUAAUAUUGCGUUUAGGAUAGGAUUUAGGACUAGACCACAGAUGAUUAAUAUAUUCCGAAUGCAGCAUAGACUUACGGUAGGUUUAGGUUUAGAAGUCGUUCGGGCUAGGUUCGGUGGUGUUCGAAUGGUUCUGGGUGGGGAAAGUGGAGGCUGGAUUUUUUUGUUCAAUGUUGGAAGAGUAGAGUCAGCGUUUCACACAAGCCUAAAAUUUGCUUCCGUUUGUCAAUUUCGAGGUGCUACAUCAUUUGCCAAGCCCUACUUGAAACUGUAAUAUGACUCUUCACCCAAGAUACUUAAAAGCACAACCCUCUAAAGCAUUUUCUCAGCAUCAGGAUCUGCCUCGGUGUCUAUCCGCUACCAUGUACUUCGUCUUGGUAAAGCUGAUGUUAGGUAAUCUUCUGAAAAACAAAAGCCUAUUGUACUGAUUGGAUUUUCUUCCGGCUAGCAAGCAUUAUCUCAACAUCAAAUCUGGGUCUGCCUCGGUUUCUACCCGCUACCAUAUACAUCGUCCUGGUAGAGCUGAUGAUAAUCUUCUGAGGAACAAAAGCCUCUUGUACCGGAUUUUCUUUCGGAUAUCUUUAAGUAGUUUAACGCUGAUACAUCAAGUAAUUUGCUCAGGUAUUCUCCCAAAAUCUCGUUGAGACAUUUCUUUUUUCAGAGAUUCUACCGGUCGUUCUUCCAAGAACUUUUCCAGUUGUUCCUCCUGGAGAUCAUCCAAGGAUUUCAACAGAAAUUGUUUAAGGAAAUCAUACAAAUUUUAAGAAUUUCGAAGAGUUUUGUUCAAAAAGUUGUUCGAGUAGCCGACAUAAUAUCCUUUAGGUGUUCCUACGCCGAUUUUUUCAGUUGUUUUCAAGCAAUUUCUACAUAGAUUGCUUGAAAAACUUUAACCAAGAAAUAUUUCAAAAAUUUCUUCAGAAAUUACUCAGGAGACUCUUCUCAGAAGACCUUGUAGGGUAUUAUCCAGAGUUUUGUGCUAGUUUUGCUGCAAGGAUACCUCCAGAAACUCUUGUAGAAAUUCCAACGAAAAUUACUAGAAGGAUAUUGUUGCAUAGGCUUUGAACGAAUGUUUUUAAAGAGUUAUAAGCGGAACGCACAAAACAAUUUCUGAAGGUAUAUUGGAAAAAAAACUCUUUCCUUUAGCAGUUUAACAUAAGCUCCUAGUAGUUUUCUCGGGGAUCGAUCCGAAAACGAUUGAAUUUUCUAAGGAUUUCCUACAGAGAUGGCACCAGAUAUUUCAUCCACAGGUUCUACUGAUAAUUGUUCUUCCGAUUUUUCCUGUUGUUACUCUAAAAAAAAAUAUUUCAAAGAUUCCAAUCAUCACAGGAAAAUCUUUAAGAGAUAUCUCCAGGUUUAAAAAAAAAUCGAUUACUUUUUUUCAUGAAAUUAUAAGAGAAGUUUCACCGUGAUAUCUUCAAAAAAUUUCUCAACGAAGUCCCCUCUAAGAAACCCUUAGUAGUAACGCUAAUUAAUUCAUUAUUAUCCUCAAGAAUCAUCCAAAAAUUUAUUUUAGAGCUUCUACUGAUAAUUAUUCUUCCAAAUUCUCCAAUCGAUAAUCAGGGAGAUAAGGAUUCCAAUACGUAAUGCUCUAAUGUUUAAGAAACCCGUUUAGAUAUUUUUUCAAGAAAUCCUACAAAAAAUCCUUCUGGAGUACCUUUUACUAUUAAAUGUUCCCACCAAUUCUCCUAAGAAUUACUCCCUAUUGGUAAUUCUAGAAAAUUCUCCAUGAUCUCUUCCUGGAGUUUAUCCUUCGUUUUUUUUUUUUUUUUGAAUAAUUGCUCCAGGAUAAUCUAGAGUUUCCUACAUAAAUUCUUCCAGUAUUUCUCAACAUUUACGCUCAGUGAUUCCUCAUAAAGUUCCUCCAGAAAUUUCUCCAGUUUUCUACUCACAUAUCGCUCCAGUUUUGGAAGAGUAAAAAGAUUUCUGUGCAUAUUAUAGGAAAUCUACCAAGAAUUCCAACAGGAACUGCUCCAUGUAAACCCACAAAAGCUCUGAAGUUGCCACACCAAUCUUUCAGGUUCCUCAUGAAAUUCAUCCAACAUUUUAUCUGGAGUUUACUCCAUCAAUUCAAGAACAACAUACCUGGAGAAAUUGGUUGAGGUUUUAAUUGAGACUUUCCUGGAGAGGAAUUUGUGGAGUUAUUGAUAAAGGCAUAGAGGCAUUAGAGAAAUUCCCACUAAAAUUUAGGACAAAAUUGAGGACUUCGUUGAACAAUUUCUCAAAGAAGAAAUCUGUAAUGCAAUUUCAGUAGGAG